AUGUAUAACUGCAUGGUGCAUGGAUACCCACAGUCUCCUGUUCAAUCUCACCAACCAAGCCCCUCUCGGAGCAUUAAGCGCAAAUUCCAUAAUGAUGAAGACGCUUCCACCAGCCCAUUUUGCUCAGAGAAAGUCGAUUCACUGUGUUCGCAACCCAUUUCAACGCCGCGAACUCAGCAAACCUUAGCUGGAUCUAAUGAAUUUGCUGAGUUUUAUCCUAUACCAAAAGAUCUUGAUCAGGCAGUACUGGCAUCUAUGGGUGUGGGUGGAUCAAGACAACGCGAUAUACCCAUGCAUGUUUGGGGUAAGCGGCCUCAGCACUCUGUACCUUGCCUGCUCGAGCCACCCACGAAUAUGGAGCCCAUGAUGAAUUCAGAUGAUAUGGAUGAAAACAUGGACAAAGCAGCCAACGGUGUUCAUGGUCCGCAUUGCCGAAGCAUACCACGACUAUCCGUGAGGGACACCGGCCACGAGAGCUCAGAACUCUGGGCCUUUUGUCCAGACUGCCAUGCCUUUGGAAAAGUGCAGGACACCUAA